GUUUUUUAUGUAUGGUAGUGUAAAUCACGUGAUAGUGGGGCUCCUGUGUGUUCUCGGCUCUGAUCAGCUAACAGUCUGUCUGCUGCACAGCAUCAUCAAACCUGACGACACAGACAAACAGCACUAAAGAUCGGUCUCAUCCAAUAUAAUAUUUGAACUUCUGUAGAUCAGACCAGUCUAUCUAUCCUUAUCAAAUGGAUAAUGGGGACUGGGGGCAUAGGUUGGCUCACCUAGUCACCUUAAAUAUUGGAGGUCACCUCUACACCACCUCUGUCUCCACUCUACAACGUUACCCAGAUUCCAUGCUGGGGGCCAUGUUCCGUGGCGACUUCCCCACCACACGGGAUGCUCAGGGCAACUACUUCAUCGAUCGGGACGGGACGCUUUUCCGCUAUAUAUUAAACUUCUUACGCACAUCCGAGCUCACUCUUCCUGUUGACUUCAUGGAGAUGGACCUUCUGCGUAAAGAAGCUGACUUCUAUCAGAUUGAGCCAUUAAUCCAUUGCCUCAAUGACCCAAAGCCUCUCUACCCACUGGACACCUUUGAACAGGUGGUGGAGUUGUCUAGCACCCGCAAGCUCUCUAAGUACUCAAACCCUGUAGCAGUUAUUAUUACGCAACUAACCAUAACCACCAAGGUCCACUCACUGCUCGAGGGAAUAUCCAACAACUUCACCAAAUGGAACAAACACAUGAUGGACACCAGAGACUGUCAGGUGUCUUUCACCUUUGGACCGUGUGACCACCAUCAAGAGGUGUCUCUAAGGGUCCACCUCAUGGACUACAUCACUAAACAGGGAUUCACAAUUCGGAACACACGAGUGCACCACAUGAGUGAGCGUGCCAAUGAGAACACAGUUGAGCAUCAUUGGACUUUCUGCAGGCUAGCUUAUAAAGUAGAGGAUUGACCAAUUCACACCAAU